UUAAAGUGGUACAAUUCCACUAGUUGAAUUAUGUACUGCAGCAAUGACUAGACCAAGUUCCGACUAGUGAGUGACUGCCAAAAAAUCAUGUGGGCAUCGCAUCUGUUUUUGAUAUUUUCUUGUGCGGUUGAACUCUUUUGUUAAACGAAACACGAUUAACAGGACUUACGUGGAUGUAACCCUGUGUAUGGACGAUAUAUAGAAUGGCUAAAUUUACGUAGUGUUGUAUUCGAUGGCUCAAGUAGUUUCAAACAAACCCCUUAAAACUUUUAAGGGUUUCUCACGUGCUUAGAUAAGUAGUUUCCCGUUCAUAGGUUUUGUCGUAGCUGCGUAUUCUGUAAAAAGUUUCAGUUCGCAGCAUUUAAAUCCACGCCAAGCAACGCUUAAGCAUUCGUACACUUUCGAACUGGAAACAAGACGGGCGGCGAACAGUGCCCUGGGAAUGGAAAAAAUCUCGCGAGAAGCAACGUGAUCUCGUCAGGGCUCGCUGUAGUCCAGAAAGUGGAAGAAAUGGAGCUCGAGUUGCUCUUUUUAAAAUUGCUGCGCUGUUAAAACGGCAAACUCGAAGGUUGUCCUCAGAGAUCUUAAAGCACCUAGCCUUCUGGUUGCUGACAGCCUUCAGUAAAAAUGAGGCUGUGCUGGACCCCCUGGUCUUUGGUGUUGUUAAUGUCCCAGGUUUGGGGCUUAUUCCACAGCUCCGAGCAUGAUAUCAUGCCUGGGGAUUGGGUCCUCCUCCAUGUGGUGCAGGGCCAUGUUGGUGCGGGAAACUACAGCUAUUUGAGGCUUAACCAUGAUGGGCGCAUCAUCCUGUACAUGCAGAGCCUCAAAGGAGAUGCAGACAUCUAUGUGUCGGACAAGACUCUGCGCCCCAACUUUGACACAUACAAGCUGCAGUCGACUACCUGUGGCUCAGACACAGUGGUGGUUCCAGUGGACUUUACCCGGCCGGUUGGGAUUGGGAUCUAUGGACAUCCAUCGUACCAGGAAAGCGAGUUUGAAAUGAAGGUAUUCUAUGACCAGUCGGUUCCAGAAGACCCCUUUGACAGAGGUUCUUACUUCUCAGAAGAGACCAACAAGCAGGAGAAGCAGCCCCAAAUCACAGACGAGUUCCAUGAGGAUGAAUCCAUUCUCUCAACUGUCCUCAUUGGUAUUUUAAAAAUAAUACUUGAAAUUCUUUUUUGAAGUCCUGUCUGUGGUGGAUAUUGACAGACUUAAUAGAAGCAGCAAUACUGUGAAAUAACUGCAGUUUGAAGAAAUCAAACUCACUUGUGCACUAGGACACUGGCAGCAACUUUUAUUAGUGGAGGAAAAUUCAAAUGAGGAAAAUAAGCAUCUUUUUUUCGUUCACAUAUUUCUGAAAACAUAUCUUUAGUACUUCAACAAGGAUCGUACCAGGAUUUGGUCUUUCUCAUGUAUACUUACCAGUCAUUCGGCUUCAGACACUGCUUUCCAUCAAAUGUGCACUUCCUUCCUGCAACUCCUGCCGCCAAUGAUCUUCUAACAUCCUUUUUUUUGUUUAAACUAUAUUCCUCAGCCUAUAUACUGUUGAAAUGAGGGUAUCCUCAGUAUCUUUGACAGUGGCAAAAGCAAUGUAGUGCCUUUGAUUUUCUUGAUGAAUGUACUCCAUGCAUUAAUUGUCCAGCUGUAACUUGAGAAUUUUUUAAAACCCAUGUACAUGGAGACUUGAGCAACACUGAGUUAAGCUAUUGAACAACAUUGCUUUUCUAGGUGACGGAAGUGAAAGUACAAAAGAUUCUGCUGCAAAUAAUCUAACCUUUAACUGCUGUCUUGACAGGGCAGCUGUUGGGUAUGACUAAGAGGAUGAGUGACAGGAGCAGUGGUUGUGUCAAGUGCCAACAAAUGUGGUCAGGAGGCACGACUUUGAAAAGUGACCCAUAUUGAACACAGUCGCGUAAUACAGGGAGUGUGCACUCUGUGUCUGACGUUGUAGUUAGUGCGCUUAUAAUGGGUAGCAUUUAAAUGGUUACCAGUGCUGAAGGCUAGCCCACCUAAAAAUUAGAUGUUGAUUCUUCCUUAGAGUUCUAAUGUCAGUUGUUACCUUGCAAAAAAUCUGAAUAAGGAGUUUUGUCAUAUAUAGCUCAUAAUCUCAGGGUAAGGGAAUAUUCUUCUUUUUCCUCUUGAUUAUUUGUACACUUAAUGCAUAAUUAGAUUUUUUUUUUUUUUUUAAAAAUGUGUUUAUAAAGAAAGUGCAGUGUGGCAGGUGUGAUGCAAGUUUUGUAACACAUUUACUAAGAAAUGUACAAAAAAGGAUGAAAUUCCAGCUUUGGUAAAAUUAAUUAUUGUUAGUAUUUCUUUGUCAGAAAUAGUUUUCUUUUGUAAAUUGACUUGUGUUGAUACAUAGGAAUCUUUUGCGUAUCCAUAUAUGAUUUAUUAUAACUGUAUAGGAAGCUAUGCAGUCAUCUCCGUAAGGAGCAGGAUGAUUCUAUUACAAAAUGAAAUUCUGAGCACAGAACAAAUUUUUUACUGCCUGUUUUCCUUCAGUACUGACAUUUAUUUUGCAUUUACAUAAAUGUAAUAGGUAUCACUCCAAAAUACUUUACCAGUUGGCUCUUAUCAUGUGUCCAGCUGGAUUUUUUUUUAAAAAAAUCAGGCAAAGAUGACUGGCAAAUUUUUAACCUUUUUUUCUGUGGCAGUGCAGUUGUUGAAAAAAGUUUUGUGACAUAAUAGCAUAGUAAAUCUUUAAGAGGGGAAAGAACACACUAACCGUAUACUGAUAUUUACAACCUAUCAUGAAAAUUGGAUAAAGUAUGUGAUCACAUACAGUGUGGUGCAAGGGUCAUGGAUGUUGGCCAUUUCUGAACUUCAUGCUUCAUUAGUUGUACUUGUGGUAAAAAUCCAGAAGCCAACUUUCUUUCUCUAACAAAAUGUCAUUUGCAUUGAAAUUUUUAUUUUACUCAAUGGAUGUUAUUCUUCAAAAGGUGCCAGGAUCUCUGUAAUUCCUUGUUUUCACAUACUGUAUAACAUGGAAAAAACUAAAGCCAAAAAGCCAACAGGAAAGAAGUUAUGCUUUAAUGAAAAGUGCAUCACAUGUAACAUGAAAAAAAGCUCAACCUUUUGACUAAGCAAAAAAAAAAAAAAUGUAUGAA